UCUGCAGUCGGCUGUCUAAUACACCAACGGCCCUAACUCUUUUAAAAUGUCUGAUCUAUCCUUUAUCUAGUCUAUGGUGAUAUAUUUCUGAGAUGUGUGUAUCUCAUACUUGUCAAACGAAGAUUAAAAAGUGCAUAGUAAAUAAUAAUGGAUGGAAAUCAGACAAAUGUCAGUGAUCCACAGUUUAUUUCCUUCCAAGAUUUUCCAUCGAUAAAUCAUGGAGAAAAUGCUGGACAGGCACAAUUAAAUAUUAAUGCUUCCACUCAUCAAGGUUUUAAUAACCUUUCAAAUGAUCCUACUGGAAUCGGCAUUAUGGAAGAUCUUCAGGGAAUGCCUGAUAAAACUGAAGCCACAUCAUCACCUAACUUUUGGACCAUUGAAUAUUAUCAACAGUUUUUCAAUGUUAAUACAAAAGAUGUAGUGGAAAGAAUUAAAAGGUCUAUGUUUCCAUAUGGAAGUGAUAAUUAUUUGACAACUCACAUAAGACCAAAACCAGACCUAUAUGGUCCAUUCUGGAUUUGUAUCACCUUGGUAUUUUCUAUAGCUAUAAGUGGAAAUGUGGCUAAUUACUUGCAAACAGCUAAUUCAAGUAAAUAUCACUGGAGGUAUGACUUUCACAUUGUAUCUAAGGCUGCAAGUUGCAUAUUUUUAUAUGCAUGGUUGUUGCCAUUAACAUUAUGGGGUGCAUUGAAAUGGACCACUAGCACAAGGGAUACAGAGGAAGAGUUAAUUGAGUCUUACUCAACGCUUAGUCUCUUGGAGCUUUUAUGUCUUUAUGGUUAUUCCUUAGCCAUCUACAUUCCAGUAGCUUUCCUAUGGACUAUACAAAUUGAAUGGUUUCAGUGGAGUUUGGUUGUAAUAGCAACUUUCCUAUCUGGUGGAGUAUUAUUGAGAUCUUUGUUACCAAUAAUAGAAGGGAGGUACAGAUUAAUAUAUAUCGCGAUAAUUCUUGGAAUGCAUCUGUUAAUGGCAGGGUUUAUGCUAUAUUUCUUUCACGCGCCAUCAACGAGCGACACUGUGACUGCAGAAAAACCAGAGGCGACGACUGUUCGCAUAAACGAAGUCUUGAAGCAGACUUUACAUCCUACUUCUGUCGACUAACAUAUUCGUCGAACCGUUCAAUUGUGAUUAACUCGAAUAUAUUUAAAAUUCAUUGCCAGCUUUGGCAACAAGAACACAUCUACCCUAACAAACACUGACUGAUAGAAUCAAGUGAUAUGAAUCGCACAUGUCCGCUGAUCAUCAAUUCCGUCUUCGUGCAAGUAGUACUAGCGUUUAUACUAUACCUGUGAACGAAACAAAAUAAAUGAUAAUAACUGAAA